CCACAAGUAAAUUUCUGUGUUUUUACUUUCUUCCCAUCUAGCACUGUUGAUUUCAUCGGAAGUUGCUAUUUCACAGAAAUCUGCAAAUGCAAACUGAAGAACAUCGCAUGUUUGAAGUGUGGUAACAUCGUUGGUUAUCACGUAAUUUCUCCCUGCAAACCUUGCCUGCUGUCCUGCAACAACGGCCACUUCUGGAUGUUCCAUAGCCAAGCAGUCUUUGGCAUCAACAGGCUGGACCCUUCUGGUGUGAAUGUGUUGCUCUGGGGCAACCUGCCAGAUUUGGAGGAAAGCACAGAUGAAGAUACGUCCUGCAUCUCUGAGGAGGAGUAUAUCAGAUAA